AAAGUUCGCAUCCCGUAUUGCGGUGGGAGGAGUGGCCCGGUGUCGGUCAUGUCUUAUAAACAUCGAGUUCAUUACAGUCCACGGAACGCGUCGCGCAUGGACUUGCCAGGUAUUUCUUUUGCCGUCUUCGACGAGUUAACAGUUAUAUACAGGUUUGAAAUGGUUUCUGUAAAUAUAAUAUAGGUUGCACAGUUGUAUAAGGAAAAGAACAUGGCUUAAUGCGUCGGAAUAAACGUCAAGAUUAGAGCAAAAAUGGCCCUAAAGUUUUCCUAAUUCGAAUUUUUACCUGAGUCAGAAUUUACCGCAACGCUCUCUGAACUACCACCAACAGCGUUCUUUAUUUAGACAACAGUAGUCUUACUGUACACAUUUGCUUUGGAGUACUUUUAUAUCUAGAUAGCGGUUCCAAUAGUGGAGAAUGGAGACAGGUAAUUGUCGUAUGAAUGGUGGUGGUGGACUUGACGGUAUCGGUGGAGGCGGCGACGAUUCCUCAAAUGGUAUGAUCACGCUAGAGGACCUGGAAUCUUUUUCGGAAGACCAGCUGUCAGAUUCGGGCACUGGGAGUCUGGAAGAGGCGGGUGAGACGAUCGAGGACGAAGAGCAACAAGACGGAUUGCUGCGCUACUGGCAGGACGCCGCACGGGGACACCAAGUGGAAGUGCCUCGAGACAUGGCUGAGCCCAUCCAGCAGAUUACCAGCAACAACAAUGGCCAACACGACCGGGAGCAGGUGCCCUUCACCCUCAUCGCGCGUAAGGAAAAGUGUGGAGACAUGCUCUAUGAGAAGAGACACUAUGAGAAGGCCCACUGGGCGUGUAUCACGGUUCAUGAGGACACCUACGAGCAGAGCAUUUGUUACGGCUUCAUGAAGCUCAUGAGAUACAUCUGCCAGCAGAACUCCUCAGGUAGCUAUCUGGGUAUGACCAUCCCUAUCCUGACUGUGAUCCGUACGGACGAGAACCACUCUGUCUUAUCCAGGGACGUCACUGUGGCCUACUACCUGCCCACAGAAUACCAAGUCCAGCCACCCCUGCCUUCUGACACUGAAAUAAGCAUUGAGGAAUGGCCUGCCACCAUUGUAUACACAAGGUCCUUCACUGGCGCCACAAACGAGGUGACCAUCAUUAAUGAGAUCAGCGCCAUGGCGGAAAUGCUGGACUCUCCCGCCAUGCAUGUGAAUGACUCGUUCAUCGUGGCCGGCUACACCAACCCUGCGGUGGCGAACCGACAGAAUGAGAUUUGGUUCCUGGAGCGGCCUUGAGGGUCAGCCUAACCUUGGUCCAUCCUCCUAAACCUGACCCACCCAACACCCCCGUCCUCAUCCCAUCCUACUGAUUCACCCCUUCCUGUUCUAGAGAGGAGACUUUAGGGGCUUUGCUGAAAAGGGCCCUUAUUACUAGUCCUGUGCGAGGCUGCAUCCUUUGGGUCCAUGAACACCUUUACGAUAGGGCAUCUAGUCUAGAUAUUUUACUCUGCUGUUUUCCUCACAUAGUUGGGGCUUGACAUUCACUUCUUUUAGUCACUUGUCAUUCGGACAAAUUUCAUUUUACUUGUCCAAAUUAUUUUUUUUUAAAUGGGCCGCAACACUAUUUUUUUACAUCAUUGUAUGAUGCAAGGAACCACUUUACAAAAUAAAAUCAGACAAAAUGUAGGAAACCAUCUAUCUAUUGGCUUCUUUGCCCGUCUCAAAAUACAAACACUGCCCCUUUUAAGGCUCUCCUGGAGGAUUGUUGGCCACCCUUAGCCUAUAAAAUAUUGCAACGUUACUACAACCAAAUACUUUGUCUUCGUAAAAUAAUUCCCUUUGCCAAUAAGGUAGACUACGUCAAAGCAUGGUAACUAACAAAUAUGGGAUAUCUUUUGACCGCGUGUGAGUUAUUUGUCAAUGAGGCUAUUCUAAUAAUAUUUUGAACGUUGUCAGAAUGACAUGGCCAAUGUUUAAUAGAGAGGGGAAUCCCAGCUCACCAACUGUCGAUGUAUUUCUCAACUCACAAUGUUGAGCGCUUGAUAGGUUUUACAACAGGGUUAUGUAGCAUUGCUUUACUAAUGCACCCGUUCAAUGUUGCACUGGAGUGCCAGUGACAUGACAUUAAUGCAUGCUGAAUAGUUAGUUACAGAGAACUAGCCAGGCUAAACAAUAUGUUUUGAAUUGGCUAUGUAGUUUUAGUCUGUCUGUCAUUAUUAAAGGUUACCUCGCUGCUAUAAUGUCUGUCCGUCCAUGGGCCUGCUCACCCACGCAGGUGAUUCACACACCAUGACUUUUCCAGGAUUUUAAUGACCGUACCCUGUUUGCUGACCAAAAUGAGCUAUAACUGGGUAAAAAAUUAAAAAAUAAACUAGCAAGGAAUAUCAACAAAUGUGCACACGCUCGUGCCUGUCAAUGCAAUACAACUCUACUCCGAUGCGAAUAGUGUGCAAAACAUCGCACACGGGAGACACUUGUUUGAUAGUGAUUUUUGUGAUAUUUUUUUACUUGUCCAUUCGGACAACAAAUCUAUAUUCUGCUUGCCCAACUUUUUAUUUUUAUUUUACUUGUCCUGGACAAGCGUUAAUGUUGAGCCAUGAUAGUCUUGAUGACCUCCGAAGGGUGAAGAGUCAUGUGACGUUUACUUGAUGUUUUGUGAGAAGUGGAUGGAUAUUAGAGCCAUGUCUCUAGAGAGUUGGGCCAACUGUUAGGUUGUAAAAUAUCUGUCUAAUUCUAGAUAUUCAGUGACAUAGCGUUGUUUAAAUAUUCCCCAUGUCAUGUGAAUGGGGACAGCUAACAUGGCUGCCAUAGAAUGUUAGUGUCAUGUAAAUGCAUCAAUGCAGAAACCUCAAUGUCCCAUCUCUCUAAAUACAUGGUUCUGGUGGAUCCUAAUUAUUGCGCCAGUCACACUGUAAACCUUGAAGAACUGGAAUCCUUACCAGGUUAUUAACAAUCCUGAACGAUGACUGCUAUUCCAGUCUGCUUUAGGGGGGGAUAAGUGCAGUCUUCACCAUGGUAACUACCACCGUUUAGACAAUUUUAAUGCGAUAGGAGGGUGGAUUUAUUCGUUAUGAAGUGUAAGUAAAUUGUGUCACUCUUUCUGUCAUUGAAAAACACUGAACAUGACACAGACAAACACCGGAUAAAUUAAACAGCCAACAGUCUGAAUGUAUAAGCAUGGUGAGACAGAGAAAAUACGUAUUACUACAAACCAAAAUCACUUACCUUUGUUGUAUGACAAUCGAGCAGCUAUCUACAGCGUACUACACUUUUCUAUGCUCUGAGAGUCAAUGCAUUCCUCAUUCUUAAAGCCAUGAUGUUCACAAAUGACCUAAUUCUGUCUCUUUACUUAAUGUUCCAAUCCAGACAUUGUUUUGUGUUCGUGUGUGUGUGUGUGUACUAUCCGCAAGUUACCUGACACUGCUGACGAGGAACGAGUAACAUUGAAAACAGAGUAAAAGCAUGGAGCAGUGUGAUGGAACUGCCUAUCAUAUACACGGUUAUGUGUUUAUCUGAGUAAGAAAAGUGAUUUAUUAGUCCACAGCAUUAGGGUUCUAUACCCCAUUUUAGCAAAAAUCCAUUAAAGCUCAAAAACGAGGUAUUUAUCUUCCAAAUAUUUUGUAAUGAAACCAAUUACUAAGAGGAUGAAUUUAGCAUAAGAAAAGUGAUGUAUCAAUCUAUUUUGUUGACUCAACAAUAUAGGAAAGUUCAAGCUCUAUCAGUUGUUUUAAAGGAGAAUAGGCCAUUAUUGCUCAACACCGGGCUGUAUAUUGAAGUAGCUGUGACAACACCAGUCACAGUAUGUCAGGUAACUGUACUUUGCCAAAUAAUCACUGUGUAAAGUCUUGUUCAGGAGAUCAUCUUUCUCAUUAAUGACCAGUCAUAACCAUUAUUUGACCAUGUACCGGAUUCAGCACCAUGUAAACAAACAGCAUCUCAAUCACUUAAAUCGCCAAGUCCAGUCUGAAAGUAGUUCACAGAAACUGUCGUCCCCAUGACUUCAUGAUCAGUGUAGUGAUAUAACGCGCGGCUUUUAACAGAGUUGUUUCAGUGGUGGUUAGUCUUAACUGUUUGGCCUCUGCAGCUUUUUACACUUUAGGUUAGUUGUUUUCCUGCCUGUAAUCAGAGCUGAUGUAACGUUAAAGUUCUAAAUGUGAUGCAGACACCACGUAGGAUGUAACGUUAGUUCUAAAUGUGAUGUAGACACCACGUAGGAUGUAACGUUAGUUCUAAAUGUGAUGUAGACACCACGUAGGAUGUAACGUUAGUUCUAAAUGUGAUGUAGACACCACGUAGGAUGUAACGUUAGUUCUAAAUGUGAUGUAGACACCACGUAGGAUGUAACGUUAGUUCUAAAUGUGAUGUAGACACCACGUAGGAUGUAACGUUAGUUCUAAAUGUGAUGCAGACACCACGUAGGAUGUAACGUUAGUUCUAAAUGUGAUGUAGACACCACGUAGGAUGUAACGUUAGUUCUAAAUGUGAUGUAGACACCACGUAGGAUGUAACGUUAGUUCUAAAUGUGAUGCAGACACCACGUAGGAUGUAACGUUAGUUCUAAAUGUGAUGUAGACACCACGAUGUAACGUUAGUUCUAAAUGUGAUGUAGACACCAUGUAGGAUGUAACGUUAGUUCUAAAUGUGAUGUAGACACCACGUAGGAUGUAACGUUAGUUCUAAAUGUGAUGUAGACACCACGUGGAUGUAACGUUAGUUCUAAAUGUGAUGUAGACACCACGUAGGAUGUAACGUUAGUUCUAAAUGUGAUGUAGACACCACGUAGGAUGUAACGUUAGUUCUAAAUGUGAUGUAGACACCACGUAGGAUGUAACGUUAAAGUUCUAAAUGUGAUGUAGACACCACGUAGGAUGUAACGUUAGUUCUAAAUGUGAUGUAGACACCACGUAGGAUGUAACGUUAGUUCUAAAUGUGAUGUAGACACCACGUAGGAUGUAACGUUAGUUCUAAAUGUGAUGUAGACACCACGUAGGAUGUAACGUUAGUUCUAAAUGUGAUGCAGACACCACGUAGGAUGUAACGUUAGUUCUAAAUGUGAUGUAGACACCACGUAGGAUGUAACGUUAGUUCUAAAUGUGAUGUAGACACCACGUAGGAUGUAACGUUAGUUCUAAAUGUGAUGCAGACACCACGUAGGAUGUAACGUUAAAGUUCUAAAUGUGAUGUAGACACCACGUAGGAUGUAACGUUAGUUCUAAAUGUGAUGUAGACACCACGUAGGAUGUAACGUUAGUUCUAAAUGUGAUGUAGACACCACGUAGGAUGUAACGUUAGUUCUAAAUGUGAUGUAGACACCACGUUAGAUGUAACGUUAGUUCUAAAUGUGAUGCAGACACCACGUAGGAUGUAACGUUAGUUCUAAAUGUGAUGCAGACACCACGUAGGAUGUAACGUUAGUUCUAAAUGUGAUGCAGACACCACGUAGGAUGUAACGUUAGUUCUAAAUGUGAUGCAGACACCACGUAGGAUGUAACGUUAGUUCUAAAUGUGAUGCAGACACCACGUAGGAUGUAACGUUAGUUCUAAAUGUGAUGUAGACACCACGUAGGAUGUAACGUUAGUUCUAAAUGUGAUGUAGACACCACGUAGGAUGUAACGUUAGUUCUAAAUGUGAUGUAGACACCACGUAGGAUGUAACGUUAGUUCUAAAUGUGAUGCAGACACCACGUAGGAUGUAACGUUAGUUCUAAAUGUGAUGUAGACACCACGGAUGAUGCAACGUUAGUUCUAAAUGUGCACGGAAUUGGAGAAUGCUGAAUGAUUCGAACUGGGUGUCCGCCAUGACUCCAACACGUCUAACAGACUGGUCCUUUGGGAACAAUUGGAGCGAAGGCAGUUUGGGGGAUUUUUGCAAACAUUUUUCAGUGUUUUUCGUAAAAGUGUGCUGUACAGAAAAACAUUUGAAAUGCAAUGACGAAAGCUACUAUGGAUUUCUUGAUUGUUUUUGUUAAAAUGUUUUGUUUCCUUUAAGAAAUAAAAAUUAUAUUAAAUCUG